GCCUGAUCCGUGCAUCAACACGAAAACGUCAACGCCUAAAGCUCAAACAACGUUUUCCCUCCUCAUCUCCAUCAAGCAACCACCACAAACAUGGUAAAGAUACAACUCCUCUCUGAUCUUCAUCUGGAGGCUCCAGCGGCAUACGAUGUCUUUGAGAUUACUCCAACAGCAGAGUACCUUGCGCUGCUCGGAGACAUUGGCUACACCAAGGACGUCGGUUUGAUCGAAUUUCUUCGAAAACACCUGACCCAAUUCAAAAUCAUCUUCUACGUUCUCGGUAACCAUGAGCCCUACCACUCAUCUUAUGCGGCUAGCAAACAACAACUUCUCUCGCUCCAGGCUGAAACCGAACAACAAGCAAGUGGGAAGUUCGUCCUCCUCGACCAAACGCGGUAUGAUCUCUCGCCAACGGUGUCUAUUCUCGGCUGCAUGCUGUUCUCCAAGAUCACAGCUGCUCAAAAGGACUCUGUCAGUUUUGGACUCAAUGAUUUCUACCACAUCGAGGGUUGGACCGUGGAGGAGCACGUGCAGAAGCACGAAUCCGAGCUUCGUUGGCUCAACGCUGAAGUUCAGAAGCUCGCGGAAGGAUCCGACCGCAAGAUCAUCAUCAUGACACACUACUCCCCGACCGAUGAUGCUCGUGCUAUCGACCCUAAAUUCCAGCACAGUACUAUCUCGUCUGGCUUCAUGACCGAUCUGUCCCAGGAGAUUUGCUUAUCCUCGGAACGUGUGGCGGUGUGGGCGUUCGGACACACUCACUUCAACUGUGAUUUUGAACACGACGCCCAUCAGACCAGACUUGUCACGAAUCAGCGUGGUUACUACUUCGCGCAAUCGAACAGCUUCGGUCCGGGAAAGGUGGUCGAGCUUUGAAGGGUCUCAGUCUUGGAAAAUAAGACAUGGAAGAUGGGGAAAUGAAUACAAGAUGCGGUAGGGUGCCCUUCGGAAGAGCCCAUGGUUGCCAUGAUUCUCCCCGGCCCCAUGAUUCUUACAAUAUCUCAUACCAAUGUUUGUAUAGCCGGGUUUUCAAUCGCUAAAGGAGGUAUUAGAAAAGUGUUAUGAUGAAGACAAACUUGUACACUACACCCCUCUCAGAUAAUAUCUCAUAUCAGACUGCAGUGGACUAUCCAUCUGAAAUAGGGGAAAUCAAAG